AUGGGGAAAAGUUGGGGAGCAAGAAGGGCGCCGACGGUGGGCUUGGCGAUUACUUUGAUCAUUGCGGCGGCGUUACAUGGCUGCUUUUGCGCAACAGCUCCUGGGCUCAGGCUUCUCACCGGUGGUAAGAAGGCCGCCGCUGGUGCUGGCGGUACACUUGGCCAUUCCGCCGUUUUCACCGUCAAUGGCAACGUUUACCCACUUGGGUACUACUCUGUCUCGAUAAACAUAGGCAAUCCACCAAAGGCCUUCGAGCUAGAUAUCGACACUGGUAGCGACCUUACUUGGGUCCAAUGUGAUGCCCCUUGCACCGGCUGCACCAAGCCUCGUCAGAGUCUUUACAAGCCUAACAACAAUUUGAUCCCCUGUGGGCACAACCUUUGCUCUUCAAUUCACUCAACUGGAAAGAUCAAUUGUCCAGAGCCUAGUGAACAAUGUGACUAUGAGGUUGAAUAUGCUGAUCAUGGUUCAUCUCUUGGUGUGCUGGUAGCUGACAGCUUUCCCCUUCGCUUGAUCAAUGGCUCCUUCCUUAGCACCCGCCUAGGAUUUGGCUGUGGGUAUGAUCAGAAGAAUCCAAUCACAGGCACUCCUCCCACAGCAGGGGUCCUUGGGCUUGGGAGUGGCAAAGCAAGCAUUGUUACACAACUGAAGAACAUGGGACUAUUCCAGAAUGUGAUUGGCCACUGUUUUAGUGGACAAGUUGGUGGAUACCUAUUCCUCGGCAACUAUCUCGUGCCUUCCUCUGGUGUGAGCUGGACUCCUAUGUUGCAAACUGUCUCAGAGAAACACUACUCUGCCGGACCAGCUGAACUUCUCUUUGGUGGGAAGCAUACCGGUUUGAAUGGGCUACAGCUCAUUUUUGACAGUGGGAGCUCCUACACUUACUUCAAUUCUGUGGUCUACAAAAGCACACUCGAUAUGAUAAAGAAGGAUUUGAAUGGAAAGCUGAAGGAUGCACCAGAGGAGAAGGCACUUUCUGUCUGUUGGAAAGGUGCAAAGCCUGUCAAAUCUCUCCAAGAUGUAAAGAACCAUUUCAAACCCCUUGCUCUAAGCUUUACUAGGUCGAAGAAUGUUCAGCUCCUUGUACCACCAGAGAACUAUCUGAUUGUGACAAAGAGUGGAAAUGUGUGCUUGGGAAUCCUUAAUGGUGGCGAAGUCGGAUUGGGAAAUCUCAAUGUGAUUGGUGACAUUUUUAUGCAAGACAAAUUGAUUAUCUACGACAAUGAGAAGCGGCAAAUCGGAUGGAUCUCUUCCAACUGCAACAAGCUUCACAACUUGGUCGAAGGUGAAUAUAAUAAAGAAAUUUGUCAGCGUUAUGCCGUCAAUUUGGGGAUCCUUGAAGAGCAGCAGUGCCCUUCUUCUUGGACUUACUGA